UUCCUCUUUCGGUUAACGUUAACCUUGUUAUCAUUAUCGGUCAUAUGUUACAUUUGUAAUAUGGAUAGGAACGACAACAGAAUUUAAGUCACGUAUCUCUGUUGUUAGACAACUGUCAAAAGACCCGAUAGUAUGGAUGCGGGUAAUAACGACGACAAGAAGGCAAAAGUUGAGCUUAUAUCUAUAGAAGUCAUAGAAGCCGAAUUUAACAGUUUUGCCGCAAAGUUAAAACAUGAGUUGCAAAAGGCACACACAAGGGUAAACGAUUUAGAAAAAGAGAUCUCAGCCAAGGAAGAUGACUUCUGCAGCACAUUGGAACAAAAAGAAGACAGGUACAAUUUUCUGUCACUUGAAAUGAUGAAACUACAAGAAGAACACGUCAAACUGAUAAACGAGACCAAACUGUCAGAAAAAAGUCAUUCCAGUGAACGCCGUCAUCUUAUGAACAUGAAUGAGGAAAACAAAAAGCACAUUGAAAGUCUAAAUGAUCAUAUCAAAUCGAUGAACAUGGAAAUUAAAAAGCUUAAUUGUGAACAUAGCAAAGAAACUGAACAGCUCAAGUUUGACUUAAAUGAGGCCAAGCAUUCUCUCACAUGCAAAUUCAAUGAAGACAAGAUUCGAGAAACUGAAAUUGGAUAUAAAAUGCAUCAAAUGGAAGAAGAGAAUCUUAAAUAUUGUGAAAUCGUAAAAAAUUUGAAUGCUGAGGUCAAAACCCUAAAAUCAGAAACUGAGCAACUACAGUCACGAUAUAAUGAUAUGGCAAAGCAGAAGUCUAGAGUGGAAAACCAGUUAAAAGAAGAACAGAAGUCAUGGACGCAAGAAAAAAGUAGACUGCAAAAAGAUCAUGAUUUUGAAAAUAAAAAACACAUAAAGGAAAUGGAAAAAGCAAAUAAGGUAAUUGGCAGUCUUAACCAGAAACUGACAGAUAAAGACGAAGAAUUUAAGAAAAAAAGGCAUUUGAUAGACAACUUCAGACGAGAAAAGAAAAAAGUCGAAGAAAACAAUGCUGACCAGGAAAAGUACAUAAUAAAACUCCAUGAACAUAUCAAGAAAACGAAAGAACAGGUAAUAAAAGAUGAAAGCGAACAUAAAAAGAAAGUGAAAGACCUCAGUCGCGAGAUACAUGCAGAACGUGAUAAUUUCGGUAGAUUAAGUUACCAGUACAGUGAGUUAGUGAAACAAAUUCAGUCAUUGCAAGAAGAAAACAGAUCACUUACAAAAGAAAAACAAGAGUUAUUACUAAGGUUAAGUAAAGUAGCAGGCGCAAACUUGACUUACAACAAUCCAAACAUAGCCGAUCUCAGUAAUGAGAAACGACCAACACAAUUAGCAGAGGAAUUUGCAGAGCUGUAUGAUAACGAAUGGACGGAUGCUUUUGAAGACUUACAGAUCGAAAAAGAAGAAGACAAGGCUACUUUUAUGCUCGAACUUGUAAUGCGUGCAAAUCGACUUUGCGAUGAACUUUGUACGGAUCACAUGAAAAAAAUUCAACAAAGUUUCUGCACACUUACAUUCUGCAAAUCAACGGCAGCCGUAGAAGUAGUCAAAGAAAAUACAGAAACUUGCAUCAAACGAGCAACUGCUACAAUCAGUGGAAGACAAACAUUGGUCUCUGAAGAACUGAAUGAUGUCGGGGCAACGGAAGAAGUAUGUGAUGAAGUGCCUGGGAGACGUGUACCAGUGGUCUGCGAAGAACUGAAUGAUGUGGAAAAAACGUCAGAAGUAUGUGAUGAAGUUCCGGGGAGAAUUGCACUGAAAAGGGAAGCCAGGAUAAAUUUUGAGCAGGAACUAAACACGGAACAGAAAUAUGUUAUCAUGGUAAUAAGACGUUUUUUCGAAAAACAGCUGUCAUGCGAAGUAGAAAAGGUUGGAACUGAGAUCAUACUGGAGGAACAAAACAUAGAUACAGGCAUGGAGUCUGUAAAAGCGUUUAUUCAGAAGUGUAUGAAUAUCUGUUGGUCAAUGUACAGACACGUACCACCUAUACAUGUUGACUUUCCUGAUGUUACUGAAAACAUUCUUUUUGAUACAAAUAUAUACAAACCCUACACAAAAAGCGGGAAAUAUGUGCACUAUAUUGUAUGGCCUGCUUUGUACCUUCAUGAAGGGGGACCUUUGUUGUGUAGGGGUGUUGCCCAAGGAAGAAAAUAAGAAAUACAUGUGAAUUAUCGCAAGCAUACAAGUUUAACACGGUUUUAGACCUUUCGAUGUUCUUGAAAAAAACAUGCUAUAGUAUAUAUCUAAUUUGGAUAAAUUAUCGCCAAGUGAAUAUGUGUUAUGGAGAACUUUUAUAGAUGCUAUUUGUUUUAUACCUGUUGUUCCAAGUUAUUUGCUAUCUGAAUAUCAGUUUAGUCAUGUUUUAUAUGUUUGUGUAACAUAUUUAUUAUGCAUCUUAUUUCACCAUUCCACCAGUUAUACAAUUGCAGUAUAGUUUUCCUUUCCUUGACUAUUACAUAACAAAUAGUACUCCCACCGUACUAGGUUGUGCUAUGUAAUAGUUUUAAGUUGUUUACAACCAAUCAUUCUUAUGACCUAGAUUGAAUUCUUAAUCUUAUGCAAGAAUCGUUCGUUCGUUUGUUCUUGUUUAUGUUCAUUAAGGGUCCAUUCGCCCUUUCAGGACUACUUCCGCCGGCUUCAGUCAAGACACCGACAGAAAAAUGCCAAUAUAAUCAUGACCUAGUUCCGUCAAUGCCCUGUGCCUACUCGAGACGAGUACUGUUAUGCAAAAUUAUUAUACGCACAUGAGUUUUAAAUGUCAUCUGUGCAGGUUUGGCCUUGAUGGCUUUCUGACGUAAUACCGGAGCAGCCUCAACCCCAUAGCUAUGUUAUGCAAUUGAUUGUUAGUCAUCGACCUUAUAUAAGCGUUCGAGUAUUUUGCUAAUAAGUUUUAUUGAUGUUACUUCUUGACACAAUGUCAUCCCUAGCGCAGGUAUAACGUUCCAGUCAUUUUGACGGCUCUGUCGAGCUGUCAUAAGAAGGCUCAACACAAUGCAUAAAGAUAAAUAGAAUUUACUAAUCAUUAAAACAGAGCUUUAUUUUGUAUUAUGGUCUGAAUAUUUUACUAUAUUUUGUUCUAAAUGUGACAAAAUGUAAAUACACGUAUUUGUGAUGUAGGUGUCUGGGACAUUUAAUAGGAAAUAUCUCAAUCAAAACUCAUGCAACUGGAAAACGCUGAUGAAACAAGAGCUUUCACUAUUGGUGACAAUUGCCCCCGAAGUAGGCCCAAGAAUGCCACAGUUGUAUUCGCAAAAACUCACAUAUUAUUUUGUGACCUUGACCUAAGAGACCUCGGUCAUAAGUGUGACACAUCUUCUCAAUAUUGUUAACAUUUGUGUCAAAUUAUUUUCAAAUCCCUUGAUAAAAGAGUUAUGGACCAGACAAUAAACACAUUUGACUUCAAAGUGUGACCUUUACCUUGGAGAUAGGGGUCUGGGUCUUGCUCAUGACACGUCGUCUCAUUAGUUAUGGACCAGACAAUAAACACAUUUGACUUCUAAGUGUGACCUUUACCUUGGAGAUAGGGGUCUGGGUCUUGCUCAUGACACGUCGUCCCAUUAUAGGGAACAUUUAUGCCAAGUAAUUUCAAAAUCCCUUCAUCAGUGGCAGAGUUAUGAAGCGGACAAGAAACAGACCAUGUUAACCUUUGACCUCAUGACACGUCGUCUCAUUUUGGUGAACAUUUAUGCCAAGUAAUUUCAAAAUGCUUUCAUGAAUGGCAGAGUUAUGGACCGGACACAAAACAUACCCUGUUAAACUUUGACUUGUAAGUGUGACCUUGACCUUGAAGCUAGGGGUCUGGGUCUUGCGUAAGACAUGUCGACUUAUGGUAAACAUUUAUGCCAAGUUCUUUUAAAAUCCCUUCAUGGAUGGCAAAGUUAUGAACCGGGCACGAAACAGACCAUGUUAACCUUAGGGGUCUGGGUCUUGCGCAUGACACUUCGUCUCAUUAUGGUGAACAUUUAUGACAAGUUAUUUCAAAAUCCCGUUAUGGAUGGAAGAGUGACAGCCCGGACAAGAAUACCGGACGCACGGAGGCACGAACGGACGGAUGGAUGGACAGUGCGAUUUCAAUAUGCCCACCUUCGGGGGCAUAAAAAGAAACUUGCCCUGAAACUAACCCCUUUCAAAGUUAAAGUGAAAUCCCCUUUAUAUUUAAUAUGUUUGUUUUCCAUUUUUGGUAGAUUAAGCCUUGUGGUUCUUGGACUGUGUCUGAAAUAAUUGGAACCACUGCCUUACCCUUACAUGAUCGUAAGAUGCGACUAAUAGGGUCUAACUCUGUGAUUCCAGCAGGUAUGCAAAUUUUGAUUCCACGUCUCAUGUUUUUAUUUCGAUGUAAAUGAGAUGUGAAACCAAAAUUUGUAGUCCUGUUUGGCGCCAUAUAACCUAUACUGUGUUGGUGCGCCGUAAAACUCAAAUAAAUAAAUAAAGCUUAAGAAACACCUUUACAAUUUUCCCGCUUUUGAUGUAUCAUUUUAUAUCAUAGCAGUUUAAUAUAUCUCCUAUUUCAUGAUAAACACGUACAUUGGUGUCCCUAUAGGGCAAUCGUAAUGUCGCACUUUCGGCCCCUGCCCGAAAACACUAUACAAAAAUACGAAAACACAAUGUAUUUAAACGUGUCAGAGGAGUGGAAAUGUAAAACUUCCGGGAUAGUUAUCAGAAUAUAUAUAUUCUAUUAAAAGGAUUGUGUAUGAAAAGUGUCUAUUUGUAGAUAAAAUACAUACCACAAAUGAAAUGAUUUUCUCUUGGUCCUCGGUGUUAAAGUGGAAAUAAAAUGGAUUCUGUUUAUUGAAGUUUUCUAGAAACAAAUGGAACUUUUCGGCUCAAAGGAAUCUCUCCGAAUUUCCAAAACCGAACCGGAUACUCAAAUCCACAACCAUAACAAGUGAUAAUUAUAAGGUAAAUUAUAUUCUACAAAUAACUAGGCAAACAAAAUGAAAUAAAUCUGUUUCAUUUACAUACUAAAGAAUAGUGACAAUUUUCUAAUCCGUUUACCCGAGGCAAUGUCGAUGUGUUAAAUUGAUUUAAAGAGUAUGUCAGUCUGCUUACAAUUCGUGAUUAUCGUAAUUUGUAUUUGUUCCAGCGUAUCAGUGUUUACGUAGUGUUGUAUCAUAUUACAUGCUUAUAUACCUUAUGCUUUCCCGCCUAAUGAUAUAGUCGCGCAGCGAGAGUAAUAGUAAAUAACUGUAUGAAACUAUAGCAGUGGUGUUUAUUAAAUAUAUAAAAACAUUACAGUUAAGUGCUAUGUGUUGGCGUGGUCAGGUUAAGCUAUUAAAAUCUGAGUAAAAGCUAAGUGAUGAAUUGAGCUGCAAAAUGUGUUGUCGGGUUUCGUUCUAAAACGCUCAAAGUCAAAAAAUCAUUUCUCAUCUGCAGAAUGUGUUGCAUCGCUUUAUUUCAGUGCAAUGAAACGCUUUGUCAAUUUUGUAACUAAAAUUUCCAACAUACUAGGUCAAGCGCUCCAAUCGUGUGACUGGGAAUAGUAAGAAACGAAUGUGAUAGUCAAAUAUUAUAAGGUUAUGAUUUUUAAAAGCUAGUCAACUGCCCGGUUAAAAUUAAAUGGGAUUGAAGAUCUCUCGUUUUGCGUAAUGUUGCCCGAAUUCACUUUAAAGACAAGGAACACGGCACAAAUAAACAGUAAAUACGUAAAAUAACUUCUUGAACAAAUCAAUAAAAACAAUAACAAUUAAUCCCAUAUAUGAGAUGAACCUUGAUUUUGAUUUAGAAUUUGUUCUUCAACUGGCGUUAUACUUAUGACUGUAAUUCAUGUUCAAACACAGUGAAUAGGCAUAUAUACCGCGCAAUACUACCGAUAGUAAACAACUUGCAUUUAGACAGAGUCUCGUAGGGCUAAUUGUGAUAGGUUAGCUGGCUCUAACUGCUUCUUGCGCAGAAAGCAGUCAACAAGUUUCCAGGGUACCUAAAAGCUUGGGUCAUUUUCGUUAAAACGUGUCUGAAUAAACCAUUGCUUAUAAACAAACAUUGUUUACAAGGGCACAA